UUCACCAGCUGCCACAACCAAAGAGCCUCAUCAAACUGUCCCCAUGGCUGACCAACUUAUUUUGUCAGAGAUAACCCUUGCCUGCCCAAUAUGCUGUGAUAUUUUCACGGACCCUGUGACAUUGAAGUGUAGUCACAGCUUCUGUCAGGAGUGCUUGCAGAAGUACUGGAAGGAUCUGGAUGUUCCGCUGUGUCCCAUCUGCAGGAAGGAGUGUUCGUCUGAGGAGCCCACACUGAGCCUGGCCUUUAAGAGUCUCUGUGAGUCUUUAAAAAGUGUGAAUACAACCACAGGACGGGAUGAUGUGUGCUCUUUGCAUGGAGAGAAAUUGAAACUGUUCUGCUAUGAGGAAAAUCAGCCCAUUUGUGUCAUCUGUUAUGAUUCCGAGCAACAUAAAAAACACAAAUGCUCUCCUAUUCAAGAGGCAGCUCAAGAUCUGAAGAUAAAGUUAAGAACAGGAAUUGAAGUAUUAGAGGAGAGUCUGCUUGUGUUAAAUAAGGCAAAGGAAGACAAUGAAAAAGUUACCAACAUGGUAAAGAACAAGAGGUGAGACAAGAAUUUCGAAAGUUCUACCAGUUUUUGCAGACUGAAGAGGCUA